AUGACGGAGCCUCUACCAGACUAUUAUGCCAUACUAGAAGUCGCACCAACCGCUACCGAGGAACAAAUCAAAACCGCCUACAAGAAAGCCGCUCUGAAAUGGCAUCCAGACCGUGUCCCACAUGACUCGCCCGAGCGCGGCAAACGCACCAAGAAAUUCCAAGCCAUCAAUGACGCCUACUACACCCUCUCGGAGAAAACACGGAGGAAAGAGUACGACGAGGCGCGGCAAUUCCAUACCGGCAGCGGCGGGCGCACGUUCACAGAUGAAGACGACGAAGACGCCGAGGAGGAAAUCCCCAGAGCGAAUACCAGCGCCGGAGGCUUCCCAUGGAGUUGGUUCACAGGCCAAGGCAGCGCGAGCGCCGAGCAGGCGGACGAAUUCUCGCGGUCGCAAUUCCAAGGGCCCUUUGAGGAGAUGAUGGAUGCGGCAGGCUUAAGUGAGGGCUCGACGCAUCAGCCGACCAAGAGAUUCUGGAGCAUUGCAGGCGCCGCCGCAGGAGGAAUCCUGGGCUUCAUUGUGGGCAAUAUCGUGGGCGCGGCCGUUGGAGCGGUCGCGGGACAGCAGGCGGGCCAGAUCCGCGAUAAGAGCGGGAAGAGUGUGUACGAGGUCUUCCAGAGCCUGGAUCAGGGCAGUAAGGCUAGAGUGCUCAGUGAGCUAGCGGCCAAGAUCUUCCAGGGUGCCAUUUCGUGA